GCUCUUUCACUUCCAAAACUGCCUUUUAACUUUCUUUCCCUUCUCUUUCAUUUUCUUCAUUUCCAAUACUCUCCUUCCUUCAAUCAGAUGAUCCCUUCUUCACCUCCAUUCCAAUUCUACCCUCAACUCAAAUACUAAAAUUCCUUCUAAGUCCAUCGUUUUCUCCUCUCUUUACAGUCCAAAGAUCUAAAAAAUUAAAGGGUAUUUUGGUCUGACUGAAUGAUGCAGUCGACUUCCAAGAGCGCUUCUGCGGACUCCUCUUUCUUUAUGAUAGAUGUCUCUUUGCUGCAAAUUGGUGCGAUGAAGUUGGGAAAGCCUCUGAAUCCAUAUGCGGCAUCAUUUGUACCACCCUCCAGACAAGGAACAGCUGAUGAGUAUAAAGUUGCUGCCAUCAAAAUAGCAUCGAGAGAUUGCAAGAAUGAGAACAAGACUACCCAACACAAACAAGUAGCUGACAGUGAGAAUAAGGCCACCAUAAUUACGUCUGGGGAUGAUUCCAAGAGCCACGAGGAGACUGCCCAUGCCCAGCUCACCAAUGUUGAAGAACCACCCAAUCCCAAGGAUUCCUCGCAGAAGGGCCCAAACAUUCACGGUUCUGAAAUUCCUCAUAAUCCAAGUGUUGGAGCUGAAAAGCAUACUCUGGUCGAAGAUUUUGAAAUGGAGCUGGCAUAUCUUGGGACUCAAUUUCCUGGUUUAUCCGAGCAGUCCCUGGCUGAUGUAUACUUUGCAAAUGAUGGUGAUUUGGAUGCCUCAAUUGAUAUGCUGAACCAACUCGAGGAAUACACAUAAACUGGCUUUCAAAAGGGGCAUCUAAGUUAAUCAAACGCUGAGGUAUCUAAGAUAAUCAACAUCGAUUGUAAAAAUCUCCUCAUAAAUUGAGACUGUUGAUUUGCAUCAAUUUUGGUCAUAGAGUUUUGCUGGCAUUGCUUACCCAUUAUGCCUCACCAUUUGGUAAUCCGGACCAAUGUUUUAAAUAUCGUUAUUGCAUAAUGUAUCUCACCCUUUGGAUACGGAUACAUAUCGGUUAUCGCAUGGGAUAUAUCGGUCAUAUCACAUAAUGUAUCGCUGUUGUUGGGAAACAUGGGAACAUUGGGAAAUUGGUCGAUUUUUUCAAUGAAACUUUAGGGAUUGUUGAAAAAGAUAUCAAUACACACUUACAUUACAAAAAAAAAAAAAAAGUGCACAUAAUAGGGGUUUCCUUUGUAUGGGGUCCUAAUAUAUGCGCUUUCCAAUUGAACUGAUGCAAGUAUAUUCAAAGUCUAUUCAUAUAAUUUAUAAACGUAAGAAGACAUGUAUGGAAACACAAGCAAUACAUUCAAAAGCAAAAGAAGAA